UGAACCGAAUUAUCUGCAGGUCACCGUCGACAAGUAUAAUAUACGCUUUUUAUGCGCAUGCGCUUAUAUAUUAUCGUAACCUUCGACCUCACCGCGCAGAGCAUGGCAGGCAGGAUGGAUAAACGCUACGACCGUCAACUGCGCCUCUGGGGAGAUCACGGUCAAGCUGCCCUAGAGAGGGCUCGGUGUGAAGUAUUUGGGUACCUCUCGUGCAAAAUGUUGUGCGCAAUUUCUGCAAAAGCUGAAUAAUGUGAAAGUAGAAUAUAUAGAGGAAGGUAUAGAAGAAAUUUUGAACUCUAACCCCACUUUUUUGUGUCAAUUCACUAUUGUAAUCGCUAACGCAUUACCUGAGGUAACACUCAGUAGAAUUUCCAAGAUCUUGUGGUCAUCUUCAAUACCAUUGCUCGUGUCAAGAGCAUAUGGGUUGCUUGGCUAUGUAAGAAUUGCCCUACCUCAUCAUCAGAUUAUUGAGUCUCAUCCCGAUAAUCGUCAUGAAGAUCUACGUCUAGAUUGCCCAUUUCCUGGUCUUGUCAAGUAUAUGGAGUCCAUCGACCUAAGUAAAAUGGAUAAUGCUGAACAUAGCAACAUUCCUUAUUUGGUUGUCUUGUACAAGUAUCUCCAGCAGUGGCAAUCAAGCCACAAUGAAAUGAUGCCACAGAAUUAUCAUGAAAAGAAUGCUCUAAGGGAAUGUAUUCGAAGUGGAAUGUGUUGUAAUGAAGCAGGUGUACCAUUAGACGAGGAAAAUUUUGAGGAAGCAAUUCAGAACGUUAAUCGUGUUGUUUUGAAGUACAGAAUACCUAGUUUUGUUCAGGAUAUCUUAGAAAACUCAUGCUGCUUCUCAGCAUCAACUGAGUCAAGCAAGUUUUGGCUUCUUGUUAGAGCUUUAAAGGAAUUUGUUGCAAAUGAAGGUCAAGGAAGGUUACCAUUAAGAGGUUCCAUUCCUGAUAUGACUUCAAACUCUAAAAUGUACGUUGAUCUCUGUAGAGUAUAUCAAUCAAAAGCAGAAGAAGACAUGGAAGCAGUUAGAAGUCACCUGAGCCAGAUUCUAGUGGGUGAAGGAAGGCCUCUGAACUAUAUCUCUGAGGAUGAUAUUCGUCUUUUCUGUCGCAAUUGUGAAUUCUUGCGUGAUAUAAAGUAUCGUUCAAUAGCAGAAGAAUUGGAAAUGCCCGACAAUAUUACUCUUAUAUCUCAUCUUGAAAAUUCAGAAAGUGACUUAGUUUAUUAUGUCUUACUUCGGGCAGCUGAGAAAUUCUUUGAAAUGUAUCAUUUCUAUCCUGGCGAUAGUACAGACGGAAUUGAGGCAGACGUUAUUAAGCUCAGAUCAAUUUCGGCUACACUGCUUCAGAAAUGGCAAAUGCCCACCUGUCAGAUUAAUGAUGACUACAUCACAGAAUUCUGCCGGUAUGGUGCCAGUGAAGUUCACUCCGUUGCAGCAUUUGUUGCUGGGGUUGCAGCUCAAGAAGUGAUAAAGAUUAUAACUCAGCAAUUUGUUCCCUUGAACAAUACUUGGAUUUACAAUGCUACAUCUCAAACAACCCUAACAGUAACUUUAUAAGUUAUUGUAUUCCCACUGCAGAUUUAUGUAAGAUAA